CUGAUGAGUGAGAGAGGGAGAGGGAGAGAGAGAGAGUGAGAGAGAGGCGGCUGGUGACGUCACACUCCCUGCCAGGUUACCGCAGGUCACUCAGGGAAGCUGGGUCACGCGAGGCCGUCAGGAGGUGGUCAGGUCACGCCCCCUAGCUGGUCAAGACUCCCAGAUGACCUCCACCAGCGACCUGACCCCGAAGUGACCUCCCCGCCCCGCCCCUCCCCGUUCCUGCCCCGCCCCGCCCCGUGACCCGCUGACCCCGUGACCCCAGAGAUGACGGGGUCGCAGAGGGUGGUGCUGCUGGCGUGUGGCUCCUUCAACCCACCCACCAACAUGCACCUCAGGAUGUUUGAGAUAGCAAGAGAUUUCCUCCACCGCACCACAAACUACCAUGUGGUGGCUGGCCUCAUGUCACCCGUGCAUGACAAGUAUGGCAAGGAGGGGCUGGUGAAUGCAACAGACAGAGUUCAGAUGCUACGUUUGGCCCUCAAUUCCUCAGCCUGGGUGCAUGUCAGUGAGUGGGAGACACACCAGGACGACUGGACACCCACUCGGGAAGUCUUGCAGUACCAUCAGAGCCUGAUCGAGAGUACCCUAAAGGCCCUGACAAGGCACCCUACACGUCGAGGAAGGGAGCUGAUAGACUCAAUGGUGAAUGGCAACGUGGACCCGACAGUGAAGAGACAGAGGGUGGACGGCAGCACGGCCUGGCUCACGCAUCUCUCUGGCUCCACCGACACAGUCACCAUCAAGCUGCUCUGUGGCGCCGACCUCCUAGAGUCCUUCGCCCGGCCUGGUCUGUGGAAAGAUGAGGAUAUUGAGGCGCUGGUGGGCAAGUUUGGCUUGGUGGUCAUCACUAGGGAGGGGAGCAACCCUUACAAGUUCAUCUAUGAGUCGGAUGUCCUUACCAGGCACCAGCGCAACAUCCACAUCGUGACGGAGUGGAUUACAAACGAGAUCAGCUCCACCAAGGUGCGGAGGGCCCUGCGGCGCGGCGACAGCGUCAAGUAUUUAGUGCAAGACUCUGUUAUAGACUACAUCUACAAGAACGCUCUCUUUGACACCCAUAAUAAACUCAUUAGUAAAAUAGAUAAAAAAAAAAACAUUGACAAGCGAGACGCCUGCAUGUCCUCGGUAAAGAACUUGUGGGACCGUGUGGGCUGUGUGAGGCCGCAGGAACCGGCACCAGAGUACAUGCCUGUGGUGGUGUGAACAUGGACGCAGUAAACAUAGACACCGCCACUGUAACCACCACCACCCUGCAGCCCUCGCCCACCCCACCUCCCUCCACACUCGUCACCUGAAGGAUGGAGUGUGUUGGGUCAUCUUGGGUCACGUUGGGUCAUGUUGGGUCGUAUUAAAUCGUCUUUGUCACCUCAUAAUGCUCGUCUUGUCAGCACCGCCACGCUAGCUUUCUGAAUGGAGACAGGAUGAUUGGCUGGUUGACUGGCUGACUGGUUCGUAUUUUGCCCGAUUGUCAGGCUUGUUGACUGGCUGGCUGGCUGUUGGCUAGCUGCUUUGGGGUGCCGUUUUGGUGAAGCGAGUCAAGGUUCGUUGGGUUUUUGAAGCAGAAAUUGGUGAGAAGCGAUCUAGAAGAGAAGUGUUUUUGUAAGUUGGUGAGUAAAGUAAGUUGGGUUUUCGAAGUGAGAAUUGGUGAGAGAAGUUACAUACUGAUUUUGCUAGUAAAGAACGUGGGCUUUAAAGUGUUUUGUGACUAAGUAAGGAAAAAUAGGUUGUAAUUUCGUGUGGGAAUUGUGUUUCAUUGACUUGAUGAACAAUUUACUUUUUUUCCCUUUUUCGUGUGUGAGAAUUCGUGAGAAAAUGGUGCUUUUUUUUUUCAAGAGAACUGAUGCUUAGGAGUUUUUUUUUCCUUGACUUGGUAUCUUUAAGUUUUAACUGACUUGAUGACUAGUGAAAAAUUAUGAUUGGAACGUAUCAGCACGUUUCAUUCUCUGUAUUAGUAAAUGUUCGUUUGCUUGUGGAAAUAAUGAUUAGAAGGCUAUGUUUGGAUGGAAAAUUUGGUAGUUUGGCUUAGAUUGUUGAAAAAUACUAAAAUAUGUUUCAACAUGUUUUUAAUUUAGAGUAGAAAAUACUUGUUUGCUUGUGAAAUAAUGAUUAGAAUUUUAUUAGAGCUUUUGUUUUGCUUGAAAAAUGCAUCAUAUUGAUUUGACUUGAUGAAAAAUAGCGUGUUUGUGAAUGUCUUGCCUCUAAAUUAGGUAACAUCCCUUUUAUCGGCAAAAUAGUGAUCGGACUGUGGUCAGAGGUUUUGUUUGGAUUAGGAAAUAUUGCAGUUUGGCUUGGAUUCGUUAAAAAUAUAUAUAUAUUGGAAUGUGUUUGAACAUCCUUUGGGCUUUGGAUUAGAAAGGAUUAGCUUGUUUGGUGAAAUAAUGAUUAGGAAGGUGACUCAAGGCAUUGUUUGGAUGAGGAAAUAUUGUAGUUUGGCUUUGACUGGUGUAAAAUGAUGUUUGUGAGUUUUUUAAGGUUUUUCCCUUUGGAUUUGAAAACUGCUUACAUGGUGAAAUAAUUAUUUGAGAGUGAUUAGAACCUUCGUUUGUAUUAGGUAAAGUAAUUUGACUUGAUUGGUGAGGAAAAAUAUUGGAAUGUGUCUAAACACGUUUUACGCUCUCGAUUAAAAAGAUUAGCUUGUUUGGUGAAAUAGCAAUCGUAAAAGGAUUAGAUUCGUUUGGAUUUGGAUUUGUAGUUCUUUAAUUUGGAUUGGUGAUAAAAUAUUGGAAUGUGUCUGAACGUACUUUGUGCUUUGGAACGAAAAAAAGAAUGACGAGGUUAGUGAAAUAAUGUUUGGAAAGUGAUUCGAUGCUUCAUUUGACUCGCAUUGGAAAGUAUUGAUUGGUGACUGGAAGUUGUUAAGAUUAUUGAUGAUUGAAAAGAUGGUUAAGAGGUACUUGAUGAAGUAAUUAAUGAUUCUAGAUGGAUAAUUGGAUAGUCAUUGUUUUCAAGGCACUGAUUUGGUGACUAGCAGAUAUUAAGAAACCUGUUAGGAAUGAGAAAAAAGUUAUUGGUAAUUAGAUAGUUGACUGUAGAUGUUAACGAGGGAACUGACGAUUAGAGACUGGUAAUUGGACAGUCAAUGAUUAGAAAACACUGAUUUGUGAUGGGAA